CAUGGGGAGCCCCAAGCUUGGGUUCAUCCCCAGCAUGAGGGAGAGGGUGGAGGACACCCUGUCUGCCUACCGCAACGUGCUCGUCUCCCUUCUGUCCAGGUACGUGAGCCAGGGGAAGGGGCUGCUGCAACCCCACCACCUCCUCGACGCCCUCGCCACCCUCGGGUACGACGCCCGCACCAAACUCUCCGAAGGUCCCUUCUCCGACGUCCUCAAGUCCGCCCAGGAAGCUGUAGUUAUGCCACCAUUCGUGGCGAUUGCCGUCCGCCCCAGGCCUGGUAUAUGGGAAUAUGUCCGGGUUAAUGUCCAUGAGCUUAGCGUCGAGCAGCUGAGUGUGUCGGAGUAUCUUCAGUUCAAGGAAGAGCUAGAAGAUGAAAGGUCUAACGAUCGUUACGUGUUGGAGCUGGACUUCGAACCAUUCAAUGCUUCAUUCCCACGGCCAAUCCAGUCAUCGUCAAUCGGCAAUGGCGUUCAGUUCCUGAACCGACAUCUUUCAUCCAUUAUGCUCCAUAACAAGGAUUGCUUGGAGCCUCUGCUUAACUUCCUCCGUGCCCACAAGUAUAAGGAUCAUGUCAUGAUGUUGAAUGAUAGGAUACAAAGCAUGUCCAGGCUUCAGUCUGUUCUGACCAAGGCCGAUGAAUAUUUGUCUAUGCUUCCACCAGAGACUCCAUUCUCUGAGUUUGCUUAUGUGUUUCAAGAGAUGGGUUUGGAGAGAGGCUGGGGUGACACGGCUCGACGUGUUCUGGAAAUGAUUCACCUUCUUCUGGACAUCCUUCAGGCUCCUGAUCCUUCCACUCUGGAGGUGUUUCUAGGGAGGAUUCCCAUGGUGUUCAAUGUUGUAAUUCUUUCACCCCAUGGGUACUUUAGCCAAGCUAAUGUAUUAGGCUUACCGGACACAGGAGGGCAGGUUGUCUACAUACUGGAUCAAGUUCGUGCAUUGGAAAAUGAGAUGCUUUUGAGAAUAAAGAAACAAGGGCUGGAUAUUUAUCCUAAAAUCCUCAUUGUUACCAGGCUCAUACCUGAUGCAAAAGGGACAACAUGCAAUCAACGGCUUGAAAGAAUCAGUGGAACACAACAUACUUGGAUCUUGCGGGUGCCUUUUAAAACUGAAAAGGGAAUUCUUAAGAAAUGGAUUUCAAGAUUUGAUGUAUGGCCUUACUUGGAGAAGUUUGCUGAGGAUGCAGCAAGUGAAAUUGCUGCAGAGUUACAUGGUGCUCCAGAUCUAAUUAUUGGAAAUUAUAGUGAUGGAAAUCUUGUUGCCUCUUUGUUAUCUUAUAAACUUGGAAUUACCCAGUGCAACAUUGCUCAUGCACUGGAAAAGACAAAAUAUCCCGAUUCAGAUAUAUAUUGGAAGAAGUAUGAGGACAAGUACCAUUUUUCAUGCCAGUUCACUGCUGAUCUAAUUGCCAUGAAUAAUGCAGAUUUUAUAAUCACUAGCACCUACCAAGAAAUUGCUGGAAGCAAGAAUGCAGUCGGACAGUAUGAGAGCCAUACUGCUUUCACUCUACCUGGUUUAUAUCGUGUUGUCCAUGGAAUUGAUGUUUUUGAUCCAAAGUUCAAUAUAGUCUCCCCUGGAGCAGAUAUGGGUAUUUACUUUCCAUACUCAGAGAAGGAAAGAAGGCUUACUUGUCUUCGUGGUUCAAUCAAAAAAUUGCUUUAUGAUCAAGAGCAAUGUGAUGAACACAUGUGA